AACUGCACCAGGAAAGGUUCUAGAGUAGCAAGGAAAAGAUGGUUUUGGCCGUUUCUCAAUAUGAUUAGCGGAUGGACUGACCUGUGUUUUAGUAAUGAGUAGGCAGUACAUUCGAGGGAAGGCACGAGCAAGGAAGUAAGGAAUUGCGACGACAUGGCGAAGCUGUAGCUGCUUCCUAUACUCCUUACUAGCUUGGGAACCUUCCUCUUUCAUCUUCCGAAGAUAAUAGCGACAGCUGCAAGAGCAGUUGGUUUGGUGUCAAACACAGGCGGUCCGACACCCAAAGUCCUGCAUGCUUCCGCCAGCCUCGUGCCAUCCCAUCGCCCGCAUAUGCCAACACCCGCCGGCUCGACAGGCACGAACUGACACAAGAUGACGCUCAAGAGUCUUGCCGUCCGGACCAAGAAGAGUCUCUCCGGACUCUAUUCUUCCCACAAAGAGAGCACUCAAGUCCCUUCCAGCCCAGGAACUCCGGCCAACAAACAGAUAACUCCUCCAAAGGCCGCGUCCUCCACCGUGGAGGAAUUCGGUCUCCUGCGCAGUGACGACAAUAUAUCCCCUGGCCGAGACAGCCCCUCAAGAUGCCACCGUCUUCUGGGCUCGUUGCGAAGCAUGAAGUCUUUACGAACUCUGCGUUCAAGUCAAAGCAGCUGCAAGAAGAGCGAGGAUGAGCCACCUGUCAAAACCGAAACUCCACAUACGCCAGUCAAGGAGACUCCCUCCGUCUCUCUCAACUUCGAAGCGUCUCCAGCUAAUGUGCCCAUGUUCGGACCUAUGACGCGUACAAUCUCAUGCUCCUCCAGCCUGCGAGUCCACCACUCAUCGCCCAUCACUGUCCCUAUACUGAUUCGCGAAAACACUCCAAUAUCCCUAGGCACCCCCUCCGGUCUGGGAACGUUUCCGGUUGGUACUGUCCCAGACACGCCCGCCCCGUUACAGUGCGCAUCUGUACAGGAGGCCAUCAUCAGCAACGCCAAGAAAGGAAGCACUGGUUCCGCUUCUCCAGAUGACGAUCUCGAAAUCGAGCCACUUCCCACCCCCAUGCCCGGUACCAAUCUUCCUCUCGAGGACAUGGCACCUCCAGGUAUCAUGAUCACGUCGCCUUCAGCACCAUCCAUGCAAGGACAUGAUGCGCCAGGCUAUUUUGACAGCGUCCUUGUCCCCGAUGAGAACGACUAUGAGCGCACCAAGACUUUGGACACUGAGAGCGGGUUUCCAAUCUUUGAAGAAAUACCCACUGGUGCUGUGGAGACCAACAUUCCGAAUCUCUAUGACGCUACUAUGCUGGUUCAUGCUACGAUACCAGAGGUUGAGCCAGCUUCUUUCGACCAGUCUUUCCCAAUCGCACCAUUGGUCGACUCUCUCGCUACCUGUGCUUCAAAAUCUCCUUCUAGCUCAAACGACUAUGGUGAAAGUGUCGCAUACAUCGUGUAUGAUGGCGCUUCCGAAGCGGGACAGAAGCGAAAAAAAUGCCCUGGCCAUUGGGGUCGCCUAACCAGCCAGUGCUCUGGCCAUCCACGCUACGAUGGCAAGGGCUAUGGCCGUAGGGAGGCAACCUCGAGCUCUCACUACUGGACUGACAGCACUGAACCUACGACCGCCGACCCGACUGAGCUUACCCAGUACACUAACCAUGAGGAAGCGGUCGCUGAGGCCAAGCUGAGGACCGCAAUCGAGGAGCUUGACGCUGCUACGCUCCCUGCCAGGCCAAAGUCGCCUGUAGACGAUAAGAGGGCUCUUCAGGGCAUCAUUCGCUCUUAUGGUCACCUCCGCGAGGGGACGGAUGAUGCUACGGGUGGUGUCUUGCUUGCAGAAGGGCCGGAGGGUAUUACGCAGGAAAUUAAGGAUGAGGUUGAGACGUCGAUUCGUGUCAUGAACAGGAGCCUGGGGGGAUAAUCGGGAAAUAGCGAAGGACACAAGGGUCGAGACUUGGGUUUGGAUAAUGGCAUUAAUGGUCGCGGUGGUGGUAGUGAGGUAUCUUGGUUAGAUCCGAUAUUCUUUCUGAGCGCAUG